CCGGGCGUCUCAGUCCGUGGCCUCUCGCAUGAGAAGAGAAGGCAACUGGCUGUGAACCUCACCCGCGUCCUAGCGCUCUACCGUUCCAUCCUGGACGCCUACAUCAUCAUGAACUUUGGCUAUCCUGGAACACUAUAUAGACCAGGCUAACCUUGGAAAAGAAAUUGGAGAAAGGAGACACAAAUAAGGGGGACAUCACUAAAACGAAGUGUGUUCAGAAAGCAUGCUGUGCCACCUUGGCACUGGAGGAAGCUGGGAGCAGACUUGAGCUGAUACACUUGAACAGGAGAGACCUGCUGGUGGCAUUUGGUGGCCUUGGGCACUAGUGCCAGAAGAAAGCAGGAGAUGAGGUGGAGAGUUAAGAUGGGGCUGAGAAAAUGACUGUUUGGCUCCUUCUGCAGGAAUUUUUCACCGACAGCCUAUGGGGCACACUCCCCAACUCAUGGCAAGAAGCACUGGAUGGACUAAAGCCACCACAGCUGGCCACCCUGCUGCUGGGGAUGCCCAGGGAAGGGGAGGAGAUUAGGUACAGGUCCGUGUGGCCACUGACCCUGCUGGCCCUGAAGUCCACAGCCUGUGCCCUCGCCUUUACCCGGACACCUGGCUUUCAGACCCCCUCAGAAUUCCUGGAGAACCCCAGCCAAAGCUCCCGACUAGCAGCACCUUUUCGGAAACAUGUCAAGCCCAAAAAGCAGCAUGAGAUCCGGAGGCUGGGAGAGUUGGUGAAGAAGCUGAGUGAUCUCACUGGCUGCACCCAGGUUGUGGAUGUGGGCUCGGGCCAGGGCCAUCUCUCCCGUUUCAUGUCUCUUGGGCUGGGGCUGAUGGUGAAGAGCCUUGAAGGAAAUCAGAGGCUGGUAGAGAGAGCCCAGCGCCUCGACCAGGAGCUCCUGCAGGCUCUAGACAAAAUGGAGAAGAGGCACCCAAAAGUGGUACAAAGAGGCUCCCGCCACUCCCCCCACCACGUGGUUCAGUGGGUCAGCCCCACAGCCCUGUGUGAGGAGCUUCUGCUGCCUUUAGAGACACCACGCCAGGGUAGUACCCGCCUACUACUCACGGGCCUCCAUGCUUGUGGGGAUCUGAGUGUCUCCUUGCUGAGGCACUUCUGCUGCUGUUCUGAAGUGGUAGCCUUGGCCUCGGUGGGCUGCUGCUACAUGAAACUCAGUGAGCCUGGCAGCUACCCACUGAGUCAGUGGGUGGCUGGGCUGCCCGGCCAUGAACUACCGUACAGGCUUCGGGAGGGGGCCUGCCACGCUCUUGAGGACUAUGCAAAGAGGCUACAGAAAGCAGGCCCUGGCCUGCAAACACACUGCUUCCGUGCAGCGCUGGAGACAGUUAUCCGACGUGCCUGCCCUGAACUUCGGAGGCCUGGCGUGCAAGGAAUCCCCAGGGUCCACGAACUCAAGAUUGAAGAAUAUGUGCAACAAGGGUUACAACGAGUAGGUCUGGACCCCCAGCUGCCACUGGAUCUGGCUGCCCUUUGGGCCCAGCAGGCCCAAGAGAAUCGUGUGGUGGCCUUCUUCAGCUUGGCCCUCCUGCUGGCCCCACUAGUGGAGACGCUGAUUCUGCUAGACCGGCUGCUCUAUCUCCAGGAGCAAGGCUUCUAUGCUGAGCUGUUACCCAUCUUCAGCCCUGAACUCUCUCCCAGAAAUCUGGUUCUGGUGGCCACCAAGACACCCCUGGGUCAGGCCUUCUCUGUUCUUGAGACUGAAGACAACUGACAGACCAAAACCACAAAAUGACAAUAUGCAUCCUACCAUUUAGAGUGCCUGCAUCCGGCCGGAAUUCUGGGUCUCUGCAAACUUCAGAUUUAUACCCUUUCUCUCCUUUUAUAUGUAAUGUUCUGUGUCAUUUUUAUUUAUUAAAACUUUUCUGAUUUAA